UAAAAUGGCGGAGCUCAAAGAAGGGGACACAGUGCAGCUUCACCAGGAGGACGCCAAUAUUAAAGUUGUGGACGAUCCAGUGAAGAUGCAAGCAGCAUCUGAAGAAGAGAGUGUGCAGCUUCCUGUUCAUGAAGCCACAUCCACUGACGUUGUGAAAACUGAGCACAGCCGUGAACAGACCACCGCUACUGCAAGUUCUGAGAGACACGUGUCCAUCCAGUCUACGCUUGAAGGCUUGGAGAUGCUGGUGGACUUGAAUGGAGCUGGUAGGAAGUCUUGUCCGUUAUGUCCAGAGGAGAAGUUCAAGGCUUGUUACAGCCACAAACUGAGACGCCACCUGCAGAACCUACACUGGAAAGUCUAUGUGGAGUUUGAAGGUCAAAGGAUGUGCAUUUGUCAUUUGCCCUGCAGACAGAUGAAGUCCAGCCUGGGAUCAGACCAGAGUCAAGCCCGGCUGGUGGCACACUACCACUGUGUGGUGUGCUCAGUCACCAUUGCCCGAAAGACGGACAUGAUCAGCCAUCUCAAACGCCACAUUAACAAGGGCGAGACUGAGGCCAGUUAUUCAGGCACCUCAGAUGUACUGUGUGAAGAACCCGUGCCAGGCGGACAGGUCUAUGAGAUCAUGAAAGAAUUAGGCACCAAUGUGCAGCUCAUGCCCAACCACAACACACCCCAAAAGACAGACACCUACUUCAACCGCAAGAUGAAGACCAACAGGCAGCUGGUGUUUUGCUCUCUUGCGGUUCUUGCUGAAGAAAGGAGUCCACUGGAAUGUCUCGAUGCCUUCGGAGCCACAGGUAUAAUGGGCUUGCAGUGGGCCAAGCACCUUCGCAACGCUGUUAAAGUGACCAUAAACGAUAUUAACGAGGCCUGUGUGAAGAUGAUCAAAGAGAACUGCCGUCUGAACCACAUCCGUACAGAGGGGGGUCGUGCGCCCCGGCAGGUGGAGGGAACAGGGGAGAGCGACAACCCCAUUGCCACUGUGGAGGUCUCCAAGAUGGACGCUAACGUCAUUAUGCACCUGAGAGCUUUUGACUACAUACAUCUAGACCCAUUUGGGACAUCAGUGAACUAUCUGGAUGCUGCGUUCCGAAAUGUGCGCAACCUGGGCAUUGUGUCUGUGACCUCGACGGACACUGGCUCUCUCUACUCCAAAUCUCUGAAUGUGACGCUCCGCCAUUACGGCUGCCAGAUCGUCAGGACAGAGUACUACAGAGAGCUGGCAGCACGCAUGGUGGUUGCCUCCAUAGCCAGGGCUGCAGCGCGCUGCAAUAAAGGCAUCGAGGUCUUGUUGGCCGUGGCUCUAGAACACUUCGUGCUGGUGGUGGUGCGGGUGCUCCGAGGUCCCACACAGGCUGAUGAGUCGGCCAAGAAGCUACGACAGCUGCUCCACUGCCAGUGGUGUGAGGAGAGAGUGUUCCUCAAGCCGGGCAGUAUGGUGGAGGAGAAUCUGUACAGGCAGUUGCCCUGUCAGUGCCAUGGCAGCAUGCCGGGGAAGACUGCUGUGGAGCUCGGGCCUAUCUGGUCAGGCUCUCUCUUCAACACUGGCUUUCUCAGGCGCAUGCUAGUAGCAGCGGUACAGCACAGCAUGGAGGAUAUCCAGCCUCUAGUGAAGACUUUAAUCUGUGAAGCUGACUGCACCACACUCAAGUCCUUCUCUGUCACUGGUCACUCAGUUCUAGCCAAUCAAGUGGAGUGUGGUGUGGUCAUCAAAACUUUACAGAAGGUGGAGGAAGCGGACACCGCUGACCAAUCAGGUAAAAGGAAGAGUGAAGAGCCUAGUAAUGUGGUGAAAAAGCUGAAAUCAGAUGCUUCACUGGAACACCCUGCCUUCUACUACAGCAUCCAUCGCCACAGCAUCCGUGGCAUGAACAUGCCCAAGUUGAAUAAGUUCCUACAGUAUCUCACUGAGGCCGGAUUCAGAGUGAGUCGGACACACUUCGACCCCACAGGCGUUCGCACCGAUGCAACUCUGGAGCAGUUUAAGUCUGUGCUUACCAAAUAUAGUGUGCCUACCUACUCCUCAGCGCCCCCAAGUGGCAACCAAGGGCAUGGCAUAAGCACAGACGAUAAGGGCCGCAAAACUGACUGAUCUCUCUAAGCACCGGCAAGCAAAUGAAAUGUUUUUAAAAUGUUUUUAAAAUGUUUGCUGCUGAGUUACGAGCAUUGACAGUUUAUGUGUUUCUGCUGACUGAGUUUCCAUGCUUCAUGCCAGAUAGAGAGAAGAGGAUGUUUUGCUGUGUACUGUACCAGGAUUUUGUUUCUUAAUGCACUGAGACUUUAACUCAAGAGUUUUUGCCACUUGAGCG